AUGCAUUCCUCUCUCAUCGAUGCUAGCAUCGUGUCCCUCCUUACCACCCGCCUCCUCAACCACCACCACCAUCAUUCGUCCGCAACCAAGGCUAAGGAGGACAUUGUUACUGAUCUCCUUAACCUCUUCAUCUCUGCCCAUGAGGUGCUCAUGUGCACCCCGAGCAUCCUCGACUCCCUCAAUGUCGCCCUCGACCUCUUCUCCCCCGUCGUCGUAACCCUUUACAGCCUCCUUUCCAUCGAAGCAUACCGCUCCAUCAUUGGGUCAAAGAAGCCACUCGUCAUCGCCCUCAUGGACCUCCUUGGCACCCCUCCUAGCACACCAACUAGGUCCAUCAAGGAUGUGCUUAAGGCCCUCUUCAACUUGAUCCUCUACCUUCUCAACAGCAUUGCCCUUAUUGAGUCGGGCAUCAUGUUGCCCCUCUUCAUGCUGGUGGUGAAGGAUAGGUGGAGGGUGGUGGUGGAGGAUGAGAUGGUGGUAAUCGCAUAG